UGUUUCAAACAUUAAUUAUGUCAGCUUUGAAUAACUCCAGUACUAGUACUGACCAAAAUGAUCCAAAUAAAGACAAAUCCAAAACUCCAAGAUCCAAAGACAUGCAUUUACCGAUAUCAAGAGUACGCACCAUCAUGAAGAGUACACCAGAUAUUGAAAACAUAGGAUUACCGUCAUUGCAUGUUGUUACUAAAGCAACGGAGUUAUUUAUACAAAAACUGGCACAGGAUGCUCUUAAAGGACAAAGACACUACAGACAUUUAGAAUAUAAUGAUCUUGCCAGAGCUGUUGAAGAUAAUGAAAAUAUGUAUUUCCUUAGAGAGGUUUUACCUAAAAAAAUUACCAUGGCUGAAUAUUACAAAUUGGUUGGUAAAGAAUCCUCAGAAGAUGGUGAAGACAAUGAUAACAGUUCUCAAACAUCACAUUCUUCAUCGUCUUCAGUAUCAUCAGACAAUUAAUCUUUAUUAUAUUCCUUAACAGUUAACUAUAAAUAUGUGUAGUUACAUUGUUUUUUUUUAAAUUUUUUAAU